ACAGGUGACUGGUCGCGAGGAUUCCGCGGUUUGGCUGCGUUAUCGUCAUGUAAAACAGAAUUUCGAGAAAGCGUUGACACAGCGAUACAUUAUGCAAAAACCUUGAAGUGUGACAAGAUCCAUGUCAUGGCUGGUAUACCUACCGGCUCAGAACCAGAUGUACCGAAACUGUUUAUAGAUAAUGUCGCCUAUGCAGCGGAGAAAUUUGGCAAGGCUGACAUUAUGUGCCUCAUCGAACCGAUCAAUCACUACACCGUGCCUGGCUAUUUUCUUUCCUCCUAUGAGCAAGCGAAGGAAGUCAUUGACGCAGUUAAACUUCCAAAUUUGAAAAUUCAAUAUGAUGUUUUCCACGCCCAACAGAUUUGUGGACAAAUUUCGGCCACCAUAAAGAAGUACAAAGAAUUAAUAGGAUAUAUACAGAUCGCUCAAGUGUUGCCGGUGCGUGAUGGAAAGCCAAAGUACAAUGGAGUGCAGAUCACAGUUACAGUAUGUGCUCCGACAAAUUGCACUCCCGAGAACCAAACUGGACAAAUAGGACUUAGAGCACACUUUCAACGAAGC